GAUUUGGUGAGAUGAAAUACGAGCAUUCUCUAGAUUGUGAUUAGACUUCAUAUUAGUUCAUAAAACAAAUCUCAUACUCUCUCAUCUUUGCUACGCUGCGUUUUCAUCCCCACAUGCUUGUACUCCAAUUUUUGUCUCACUCUUCACUGCAAACCCUAAUUUCAAGAAGAGAAGAGACCCCAUAAUGGACGAAGGCGAAGGAGGCUACGGUGAGACCGCCGAUCCCAUGGAUCAGUUCCACCGUAACGAAGCUAUAUCUGCUGUCGCUGACGAUGGUUUCUUGGCCGAGGAAGAUGACGAUUAUGAAGAUCUAUAUAACGAUGUCAACGUCGGCGAAGGGUUCCUUCAAUCUUUGCGCAAAAACGAUGAUUCCGGGUUCCGAAAUGAUGAUGUCGAGGAUAAGAAGCCACUGCCUCCGCUGCCUGUUCCGGAUGCCGCUGGGGUUUCGAUUCCAGGUGUCGGUGGCGGUGGAGAGGGAGUCGGCGCAGGUGGAAGCGGAGUUGCGGAAUCUAGGGCUUCUGGGAGAGUUGAUGGUUUUCAGAAUCAAGGGUUUAGAGCGAACGAUGUCGGUGCCAAAGGUGGAAUUAGGGUUGAAUUAGGGCACCAAUCUGAUAAAUUGAGUGAAAUUGAAGAGCAGGGUGGUAAUGAUGGUGCUGCAGUGCAGGGGAUUGGACAACAACCACAUGCUGGAGUUGUUGCGAGUGUGGGAAAUGAAGGUAUGGUGAGACAAGGUCAAGGUGGUGGUAGUGUUGGUGGUGGUGGAGGAGGAGGGACUGCUAAUAGGGUUGGUGGGAAUGGUGUUGGGAACAGUGUGGGUGCUGUUAAUAGUGUUAAUACUGGAGGAGUUGGAGGUGGUGGUGGUGGUGCUGGUUCUGGUGGUACUAUAUUGUUUGUCGGUGAUUUGCAUUGGUGGACCACUGAUGCCGAACUGGAAACUGAGCUUAGUAAGUAUGGGCCUGUUAAGGAGGUGAAGUUUUUCGAUGAGAAGGCUAGUGGAAAGUCAAAGGGGUAUUGUCAAGUUGAAUUUUUUGACCCUUCUGCUGCAACAAAUUGCAAGGAGGGAAUGAAUGGUCAUGUUUUUAACGGGAGACCAUGCGUUGUUGCGUUUGCAUCUCCUUUUACAGUUAAGAAAAUGGGGGAGGCACAGAUAAACAGGAAUCAGCAGAUGAACCCAUCUGCAGUUACACAACAGGGAAGGAGGGGGCCUUCUGAUUCAGGGGCUAAGCCUGGUGGGGGUAAUAUUUCUACAGGUGGUAAUUACCAAGGAGGAGACGGGAAUAGAGGUUAUGGGAGAGGAGGUAAUUGGGGAAGAGGGAACAAUCCUGGUAUGGGGAAUAGGGGGCCCGUGAAUCCGAUGAGGAAUAGGGGUGGUGGGAUGGGUGGUAGAGGUAUAAUGGGACAUGGUGGAAAUGGAUUUGGACAGGGUAUUGGUGGUACCCCUCCACUGUUGCAUCCUCAGUCAAUGAUGAGUCAGGGUUUUGAUCCUGCUUUUGGUGGUCCAAUGGGUAGAAUGGGUAGCUACGGUGGCUUUCCUGGUGCUCCGACGCCUCCUUUUUCUGGGAUCUUACCAUCAUUCCCUGGUGUUGGAGGUGUUGGUUUGCCUGGAGUGGCACCUCAUGUUAAUCCUGCAUUCUUUGGAAGAGGGAUGCCAGUUAAUGGUAUGGGGAUGAUGCCUACAUCAGGCAUGGAUGGUCCUAAUAUGGGAAUGUGGUCAGAUCCAAAUAUGGGUGGAUGGGGUGGGGAAGAACCUGGUGGUGGGAAGGCUGGAGAGUCAAGUUAUGGGGAGGAAGCUGCAUCUGACCAUCAGUAUGGUGAAGUGAGUCAUGAUAGAGCUGGGUGGCCUAUGAGGGAGAAAGAUAGAGGUUCAGAAAGAGACUGGUCUGGUUCUUCUGAGAGAAGGUAUAGGGAUGAUAGAGAUCAAGGAUAUGAGAGAGAUGCACCUAGAGAGAAAGAUAUGGGCCAUGAUCCUGAGUGGUCUGAAAGAAGACAUCGCGAUGAUAGAGAAACUGGCAGAGAACGGUCCCGUGAUCGUGACAGGGAAAGGUCUCGUGACCGUGAUCGUGAACGUUCUCGAGAUCGUGACCGCGACCGGGAAAGGGAUCACCGUGAGCGUGACAGACACAGAGAAGAUAGGGACAGGUAUGCAGAUCAUCAUAGGUACAGAGAUGGGGAAGGAGAGCAUGAUGACGAGUGGGAAAGGGGACGGUCAUCAAGGACACACAGCAAAUCACGGUUAUCACAAGAGGAGGAACACCACUCUAGGCCGAGAGAUGCUGAUUAUGGGAAGAGGAGACGGCUUACUUCUGAAUAACUUUCAUGCUGCUUGUUAUUUCUACGAAUGGUUUCCAAUGAGUGAGGGGAAAAAAGUAUCUGAAAAGUAAGGAUUUGCCCUAUGCUUGAAUUCUCCUGGGUCCAGAAGUUGCUGAGCAGCUGUUUUGUUUCAAUCACUUGUUCUGAUCGCUUCUUGUUAGGAGCAUGGUUUCUUUCUUUGUUGAGAAAGGGACAAUUGUUUUGAGAAAGGAAACUGUUCAUGCAAACUCUGGGUUGUGAUGGCAUCAGCAUCUUCAAUGUGGGGGAUUCAAGUCAUGACAAUUCUUUUCUUACAUUGAGAAGUGGAACUUUUGCUAUGAAGUAUUAGCUUUUGAUUUGAACUUAUGUUUCCGUUAUUAGAACAUGAUUAAUUAAACCAUCAUGUUGAUGUAAUGGGUUUAACUUGCUGAAGUCCGAAAUGUGGUAGAUUAUUUAGAACUUAUUGUUUGAAAUAUGUACUAGGAUUUAGCAGAGGAUGCUGAUAAUGUGCUGUUUCGAUUGGCUGGCUGUUGUAACAUUUUUUACCCACCUUUUAGCUGGCUGUUGUAUCAUUUUUUUACCCAUGGCUGGCUGUUGUAUCAUUUUCCCCCA